UUGUGUGCAAACCCGUCUGGUCAGCCCGGAUGGUGAGCUCAGAUUCCUCAGGAACCCUUUCGCUUUCCUCAUUCUUUCCAGUCCCACAGUACCCUCCCGCUAUGUGAUCGAGGGGGUAGAAUUCAUUUUGAUUUUUUCUUUUUUGUUUAGACGGCUUCUCUUUAUUGUUCAAUUUAUUCCAUGAUUGGUGUUUCAAUUAGCGCCAUAAACGUUUUUCUCUCAACCUGACAUAAUGACUUUCGAAGAUUUGAAGGGGAGAUAGUUUGUAAAGGUGGGGAGGGGGAAGCUAUGGAGCUCUAGUUUAAGUUCCGUGUUUGAUCAAUUGGCUCUUAUUUUGUUUUUUGGGGGUUGCUUUUGCGUUGCGUUCAAUUUAGGUUCUUUUCGAUUUCGAAUUCCCGUAUUAAAUCCGUAUGCCACUCUGCCUUUGGUAGUUGAUUUUUGCAUGGAAAAAAAAAACCGUGUCGUUAUUGUGAUGUAACUUUCGUUUAAAAGAAAAAAUUCCAGCUUUCCACGUUUUGGGGUUUUGUUUAUCGUUUGGCAGCCUGGUUUUUGUAAAAAGAUGGGAUUUGGAAUGGAUGAAUUGACAAUGGCUUUGAAUAUUUAAAAAGGCGACGAUGUCGUUUAGGAGUAUCAUCCAGGAUAUAAAGGGCGAAUUUGGGAGUAUUUCAAGGAAAGGAUUUGAGGUUAAAUUUGGGUAUGGGAUGAGAUCGCGGUCACAGUCAUACCGCGAUGCUGGGGAUCAUGUGAUGGUUGUCGAUGGGUUGAGGCAGAGUUGUUGGGCUAAUAUGCCCCCGGAGCUUCUGAGGGACGUGCUAAUGAGGAUUGAGGCCUCUGAAGAUACCUGGCCAACCCGAAGACAUGUGGUUGCUUGUGCUGGUGUAUGCCGCAGCUGGAGAGAAAUCAUUAAAGAAAUUGUGAAAUCUCCUGAAUUAUCUGGCAAGCUGACGCUCCCAAUCUCCUUGAAGCAGCCUGGUCCAAGGAGCUCUCUUCUUCAGUGCUAUAUUAAACGGAAUCGCAGUAAUCAGACAUAUUAUCUGUUCCUCAGUUUAAACCAAGCUUCAAUUGAUGAGGGCAAGUUCCUUCUUGCUGCACGCAAGUGUCGACGUCCUACCCAUACGGACUAUAUCAUUUCUAUAAACUUCGAUGAUGUAUCUAGAGGGAGUAGCACUUACAUUGGAAAGUUGAGGUCAAACUUUCUGGGUACCAAAUUCACAGUGUAUGAUGCGCACCCUCCAAUUUGCGGUGCCAGAGUGACUAAAUCCCGUUCAACUAGACUAGUUAGUCUCAAGCAAGUUUCUCCUAGAGUUCCUGCUGGCAACUAUCCCAUUGCACAUGUCUCAUACGAUCUGAAUGUCCUGGGCUCCAGGGGCCCAAGGAUAAUGCAUUGUGUCAUGGAUGCCAUUCCAGCUUCAGCUGUUGAGCCAGGAGGUGUGGCCCCUACGCAAACUCAAUUCCUGCAUAGCAGACUUGAUACUUCUUCUAUUCCUUUCUUUAGAUCAAAAUCAACUCGCAUGGAAAACUUCCAAUCGGUACCUUUGUCUUCCCAAAACAAGGGAAUGCUGGUAUUACAAAAUAAGUCCCCUAGGUGGCAUGAGCAACUCCAAUGCUGGUGUCUAAACUUCAACGGGCGAGUGACUGUGGCUUCUGUCAAAAACUUCCAGCUGGUUGCUUCUCCAAAGAGUGGGGUUUCUGAACAGGCUCAGGAAAAUGUUAUUCUUCAGUUUGGAAAAGUGGGGAAAGAUUUGUUCACUAUGGACUAUCAGUAUCCAAUAUCUGCUUUUGAAGCAUUCGCAAUAUGUCUUAGCAGCUUUGAUACCAAGAUUGCUUGUGAAUGACUGAUACACAGAUGUUAGCCAACGUUACUGUGCUGGUUGGAAUUUUGGGAAUGCAGAUUCGGAUCAGACAUUGGCAACAGGGUUUCGGCUUUGAGUAUGAGGCUUCCCCCUUGGCUUUUGUGCUUGAGUGGAAGAUGAUCUGGAGUGGUGUACUUACCCAUGAUUCUAGGUUGUGUUUCUUUGUGUUCAAGUUUGUGAACAACCUCAGUUGCGAUUGGUUUGCCAUAUUUCCUGAGUUGCUUUCUUUUAAUUCCCUUCAUCAUCAUCAUUAUUUUUGCAUUCGAGCUUCUUUUCUGCUAAAUGAACCGUCAGAGAGGUCCUAAACUUUCCAAGUUUGGAUUUUGGCGGAAGUGGCACUUGACAUUUCUCCAUGAAGGGAGGGGAAAGUUGGGGCUGAAGACUGGAUGUUGAUGGUAAGAGUCGUGAUAACGAUAUUUUGAACUCCUUAACUGCAGAUGUAAAAGUGUGUAUCUGUCAUUAUGUAUUGCUGGGAUUCUUCUGAUAUUUAACAUUCUAUUUGACUGCGCUGUUAAAAGAUUAAAAAAAAAGAAAUAGUCCUCGUCA